AUGGAAGAUUUUAAAUCACCCCUCGUGGAGGUGAGAGAAGUAAAAGAAUUGAUCAUUGAUGAAUAUAACUUGGAAUUAUUUAAAUUAAAUUGUGUGGCCUGCUUAUAUCCCUAUGUAUUCAUUGCUUACAGGAAAAGUGUAAUUAUUUAUCGGAAUUCUGGAAAAAACUCUUCGAUUGAAUAUGUACACACCAUCAAGCUUGCACACGAAAUUAAUUUUAUAAGAAAUUCUUACAACAAAAUAUUUAUUGUCGGAGAAGAGGGCAUGACCAUGAUGAUUCUGAAGCUAGAGAAGGAUUCUACAUUGAACGAAUUCAAUGAUGAAAUUGCAUUUGCACCAUCAAAAAGUCAACAAGAUUCCGAUCUAGAGCAACAAUAUGGACUUAAAUUAAUUAAUUUACAUCAAAAUAGCCAUGAAUCGACGUGGUCUAUUUCCUAUGAUGGACCAAGUGGAAUUUUUGCAGUGGGAGAUAAUUCUCAUAUCAUCAAAGUUCACUUACCAGACUGUAAAGAGAAAGAGCCCUUUACAUUAGAGGGUCAUUCUCACAAUUUGCCUUGCCUUCAUUUAUAUUCCAAAGAUAGAUUAUUAAGCUGCUCGAUCGAUAAAAGUUGUAAAGUAUGGGAUUUAACAGAAAGAAAAGUGCUAUACAACCAUGAUUUUAAUGAAUGGUGCUGGGUUUGUACCCGAUUAAACCCAAAAAGUUUUGUACAUGCACCUCAAGAUUCACAUCUAACGGAUAUUUUUCUUAUUGGCACGCAGAGUUAUGUGUACUUACUGAAUAGUUCAAUGGAUACAGUAUUAUACAAAUUAUUUCUAAAACCAAUAAGAGGUUUAAGACUCCUUCCAGGUCAUAUUUAUGGAGCUCUUGAACGUGUGUCUUUACUACAGGUUAUUGAGAAACACAAUUUAAUUCUAAUUGCAAAACAAAACGACAACAAGGUUCUGUUACUAAGAAUGGUGUAUUGUGAGCAGAGAAAGGAAUAUUCUCUCACACCAGUGGACAUUCUUCCAGCUCUUACAUUAGAAAAUCAGUGCAUUAUUGGUUUGGGCUACUGUGAAGUGUUGGAUCGCAUCUACAUUUUAUGUCUAGACAAACAAAUGUAUUGCUAUGAUUUGAGAUUUAAGUUUACUAAUGACCUUUGUUUUCAGAAAGACUUUGAACAAGGGAGAGAGGCCAAUCACGAACGUGUACCAGACGAACACCUCUAUUCUAUUUCACAAAUUGUCAUUUAA